AUGCUGCGCGGUUUCUGUGGGCAACCCGUCAGACGGUGCGGCGCUGGCGUCACAACGAGUGUGGCUCUUUGGGCCACGCUCUGGCGGCGCAGCAGCACCCUUACCAGCUCCUCGGCGGAUCUCACUGUUCAUCGCGAACUUAUUGAGGAACUUCAGAGCCUUCUCGAGCGUGUUCCAGCGGACAAGUGGAUUCCGGUCGGAUCACUCUACAAUGACCUCUCCCUUGACAGCCGGCGACGUCACGUCCGCCCGCACAAGACACUGGCGGCGGCACUGGUGAAGGCGACGGAGCUCGGUGUUUGUCUAAACCAAAACGGUCUAAUGUUUUGCAAAGGGAACCCACCAAAAGAGCUUGACACACCAAAGAAGGGGACAACCACCAUUAUGAGUAACAGCAGCAGUAUUGGUGCUAAGGAUGAAGAAGGUGAAGGUGAUGGUAGUGCUAGUUCGAACUACAUGAAUAGCGUCAUUGUGCAACCGGACAGUCGAAUGGUGGCCGACAGUUUUGGUGGGAUGCCGCCGGUAGAUUUCUACUACGAUGUGGGCCUCCGCCAGUACCCACCUCCGCCACCUGACUUCGAUGUCACAGCGUCAACGCUACCGCAACCCACAGCAACAGAGGGCGCUGGGGUUCUCUCACUCAGCACCUUUGUCUCUUACAUCCCACCUUUUUUUGUGCCAUUGGAUGAGGUAUUGCAGGAGAUGCCGGGAUAUACCGAGGAACACAUUGAGAUGUACUUUAAACACCGUGCUUCAGAGGUGGUCACGCUGUUCGGGAAGAAGUACAUCCGCCUUCAUGGCGGCUAUGCAAAGUUUGCCCUUGAUGGCUGUGAAGUAGCAGAGGAGCGUUAUGCACGCUACAAGCCGGAUCCCAACGCUCUGGAACCUUUCAUUGCGGCCUUCGGUGGUGUCACAGGGCGCUGGAUGCCACUGAGGAUUCUUCUAGAGCGAGCAGGACAUGCAGCGGUAGCGUCACUGCCGUACAAGGGACCGGCCGCUAUCAUUUACUUCGCCCAGAUGCAGCACGUUUUCUCCUUCGCUGUUGACCGCGAUGGUGGAUCGGUGCUCUUGCUUCCGCCCGGUUACGCUGGACUCGAGUGUGAGACGACACCGACACCGAAGAGUUGCAACUGCAUCCUGCGUCUGGUGCCACAGGAUGGGCAGGUGGACAUUUGUCACAUUGAGGAGGCAAUACCCAGCGCUGUUCAGGAAGAGGUGAAGCUGUUCUAUGGUACACUGAUGCGUUUUUUUCAGUUUCAUGCCGCCGUAUUUUCCCUCAGUGAAGAUGGUGCUGUAGUGAUGCGUCGACGCUUUAAAGACCGACUUGAUAAAGGCCAGCUGUCGCUGGAGGAACAACUUGAGAUUGCCAUACAAGAGCGAAAUAAGAAAAAGAUACGUUCGCUGCGACGCCGCAUUGGCUUCCGGAACGAUCCCUCGAACCCCUUUCACGACCCUGACAACCUUGCACGGGAGCUUCACCGUUACCUUCCCAAGAAGGGUCAUGUCCCGCUCAAGAUGUUCCUCAAGAAGAAUGUCCCAGAGGAGCUUCUUAACUAUCUCCCACGACGCUUUUGGAACUUCUUCAGCAACUACCCGCAGUACUUUCAGCACUUCGAGUAUCAAAUAGCGGGACAGUGGUGCUUGAGCCGCCCAGGGCAGCCGCUUCCGCGCGGCGUCAUUCGGCAGGAGUUUUCAGAGGAGGACCUCGUACGGUUGAUUGCCGAGUACCUCCAGCAGCGCGGGCCCAAAGCGUGCUCGUGUAUCAUUCUGCAUAUCCCACGUGGGGCGCAGGAGGCAGUGCGGAAGCGCUACGGUGGUUUGUUCUACCUCGUGCGGGGGUUCCCGCAGUACUUCAACGUUGUUCUGCCCGCCGAGGUGGGCAACGUGCGGAGUAUGGCGAUGGUACACCUCGUUGAGCUCCCUGGCGCGGAAUUCGUGCACACCAGCAAGGUGUACAGCAGCAGUGAGGGGGACAGUGCAAGCGAGUUGGCGAUGAACGAGGAUGACGAAGAAGAUGGAGAUGAGAAUGGCAACAGUGAGUCUCACGGCGGUGGGGCGUCGUGGUCGUGA